GACGCCUACAGUCUUUGCAUCCGGCAGGCUGUAAACCUCCCUUAGUCUCUAAGACUAAGGGUAGGCGUGACCCGUAACUCCUUGGGCAUAGCAGGAAAGUAUUCUCUGCAGUCUAUUCUCGUCAUCUCCCAGAGUGCGCUGCGGCAUUGUAAACAGACAUGGCAGAAGAGGAAGGAGGUGGUGGGGAUAAUAAUAACAUGGGUAACGAACUGCAGCAACUUUUAGUGCCCGUUGAUGAAGAAUAUGAAAACGAAAAUGAAAUGGAUACUGAAGACAGUGACGAAGCAGAGAAACCAAAUGAAAUUAACUUUGACUGCAGUCUGCCAACAUCACAUGCUUAUCUGGGGUCAGAUUUAGAAGAAUUCCAUGGGAGGACUGUGCAUGAUGAAGAAAGCUGUCAGGUUAUCCCUGUUCUUCCACAUGUAGCAAUGAUGUUGAUCCCUGGUCAGACAUUACCACUACAGCUUUUCCGUCCUCAGGAAGUUAGCAUGGUACGGAACCUUAUUCAGAAAGAUAGAACAUUUGCAAUCCUUGCAUACAGUGAUUUACAAGACAGGGAUGCACAAUUUGGAACCACAGCAGAAAUUGUUUCUUAUGGGGAAGAGGAGGAAGCUGGAAUUGAAACAGUAAAACUCAUAGCAAUUGGGCGGCAAAGGUUCAAAGUACAAGAAUUAAGAACACAAGCAGAUGGAAUUCGAGUGGCCAAAGUACAGAUCCUGUCAGAACGAGUUCUCCCAUCAACAAUGGCAGCAGUACAGCUUGAUUCUCUGAACAGGCACAGCAUGUUAUUGUCUUCUAAACCCUCUAAGCAGCACUAUCUUCAUAUGCAGCAGUGGUGGCAGAAAUAUCAGAAGAGAAAGUUCCGCUGUGCUAAUAUGACUUGCUGGCCUUCAUGGGUUUAUUCUUUAUAUGAUUCUGAAAUCCUUAUGGAAAGAGUAAGAAGGCAACUGCGAGAGUGGGAUGAAAAUCUCAGAGAUGAAAGCCUUCCUUCAGACCCGAUAGAUUUUUCAUACAGAGUUGCUGCAUGUCUGCCUAUUGAUGAUGCUUUAAGGCUACAGCUUUUAAAAAUUGGCAGUGCCAUCCAGCGAUUAAGAUGUGAAUUGGAUAUUAUGAAUAAGUGUACAUCUCUUUGCUGUAAACAAUGUCACAGUACAGAAAUCACAACCAAAAAUGAUAUUUUCAGUUUAUCAUUAUCAGGUCCUAUGGCUGCCUAUGUGAAUCCACAUGGAUAUGUGCAUGAAACUCUUACUGUGUACAAAACUAGUAAUUUAAGCCUUAUCGGUCGUUCUUCUACACAGCACAGUUGGUUUCCUGGGUACGCAUGGACAAUUGCACAGUGCAGAACAUGUGGUGGUCAUAUGGGGUGGAAAUUUACAGCCUCAAAAAAGAGCAUGUCACCUCAGAAAUUUUGGGGACUAACACGUUCUGCUCUCCUGCCUAGGAUCCCUGAAUCCGACGAUGAUUCAGGCCAAAAAGGAUCCCGUCUUUUGUGCCUGUAAACUGCUUUAAUAAAGAAAAAGAUAUGACAACUGAACAAGUCUAUACCGCUUCCCAAAUCUGCUUGAUGCUUACAGUCAAGAACUACAUAGCUGAUGUUAUACAAAGCUGUAUUAUACUGCCAUAAAUCACUUAUGGGUUUCUGCUGUGUAAAGGAAAUGUGCUGCCUUUGCAAAAUCCUUUGUCCUUAAAGAAAUCAGAAGAAAACAACGAUUGAUGGUUAUUUAUAAAGGAUUUCAGAAACACAGUGUAUUGUCCAUCUAAAUAUAAGUAUCUGCUUUACAUGUAGAUCAAAUGAUCUGGAAAGUCCUUAACAGCACAUAUCAUAUUGAAGUCUAAAAGAAGUAAAAGGAACAGUGUAUUUACACAUUUGAGGUGCAGAUACAACAUGAACAGAAAGCACAAAGAUAUAGAAGUUUAUUUAAGCACUGAACAGAGAGAAUUUAUGUAAUAUUUUGUUUCAUAAGAGAGAGAGAUUUAUUUUGUAUUGUUUUCAGACCAUUUUUCUUAUGUGCUUCAUCUGAUGUAAUAAGGAUAUAAAUGUUCUGGGAUUACAACAACAGAGCAGUCAUGGUGCUGUUUCAAGCUACUACCUUUUCCCAAAUAACUCUCGUAUUCUGGUUAUUUUGCAUAUUGUUGUUGGAUAUGCUGAUGUACAUAGUACAGGUUGUUAACUCUGAUCAGCAAGGGACACUUUUUGUCUUUUUUUUAAUCUCUUUUUAUUGAAGACUAAAAUUGACCAUUGAAAAAUGAUACAUGAAAUAUUAUCUCUCACUUGCUCAUGUUUGAGUGAUACAGUUGUCCUGUGGAAUAGCUAGCUAACCGGAGUUUGCCAAAAAGCAGUUUUCACAUGCAAAGUCUAAGGGGAACUGGCUACACUCUUGGCUGUAACCAUGCAGUUACCAUUCACAGUUAAUAAUGGGUUUUCUGAAAUAGAAUAAACAUAUAUCAUUUAUUAUGU